UGUGUAUAUUUUAUCCUGUAGGAAAGUGUGAGUGCGGCCAGUGUACUUGUUUCCCACCUGGAGAUAGCAGGGUCUAUGGAAAGCAAUGUGAAUGUGAUGAUCGACAGUGUGAAGACCUAGAAGGGAAGAUCUGUGGAGAACACGGUACUUGUUCCUGUGGUCGAUGCAUUUGUGAGGCUGGUUGGUUUGGAAAAUUAUGUCAACAUGCAAGAAAAUGUAAUAUGACAGAAGAAGAGAGCAAAAGUCAGUGCGAAUCAUCAGAUGACAUAUUAUGCUCUGGGAAAGGUUCCUGUCACUGUGGAAAGUGCAUCUGUUCACCACAGGACUGGUAUGUUUCAGGGGAAUUCUGCGAAUGUGAUGACAGGGACUGCGACAAACACGAUGGCCUUAUUUGUACAGGCAAUGGGAUAUGUAACUGUGGCAACUGCGAAUGCUGGGAAGGAUGGAAUGGAAAUGCCUGUGAAAUAUGGCUUGGAAAUGAAUAUUCCUAAAUACAAGACAAAAGAAUACAUUUUUUAAAGUAUUUCUAUCGCACUAUAGGCUGCUAGCAAACAUAAAACAAUAGCAGAGCAUAUUUACCAUCACUUGACCUGCUUAAACUGACUGUUCCAAGUCUGUAUUUUUAUAGACUUAAUUUCAACUAACCUUGAAUUUUUUGCAUCUGUGCAGUCUGUGAAGGGAAUAGUCAAAGAGAUGGUUUUCUUGCAUAAUUUACAUGGUUGUCAGGAUAUCGCAUCAUCAGCCCAAGCUAAAAAAAAAAAAAAAAAAAACA